GGAUGGGUGACAAAGAUGGCUCACCACGUGAUGACACCCGCGGCGGGCAGGUUCCAAAAGAACCAAACCCGCGCCAUCCAGGCGCAAGGUGGCGCUCUCAGAGGAGGCAGACGCGCAGGCCGCUUCCGCCCGCGACGUGCGCAGGCGCACAGCACUCUUCCGCCGCGCCGUGGUCCUCCAAGGUGCCUGCGGGUUGAGAUGCUGCAGCUCGCGGUGGGUCGCGGCGUUUCGGUCCCUGCUAGACUCUUGUCUGCUUCCACGAUGCCUAAGAAAGCCGGUGCGACGAGCAAGGCCAGUGGCAAGUCCCGCGGCGUGGAGAGGGGUAAAAACCAAACUAAGGAACCAGAGACACCACUUCCUCCUGCAGGGCCUGUGGCCACUGAUCCUAAAGGUUGUAUCACCAUCGCUAUCCAUGCCAAACCCGGCUCCAAACAAAAUGCUGUGACAGAUCUGACCACCGAGGCCGUAGGUGUGGCAAUUGCGGCACCUCCUUCAGAGGGAGAAGCAAAUGCGGAGCUCUGUCGGUAUCUCUCCAAGGUCUUGGAACUCAGGAAGAGUGAUGUGGUUCUGGACAAGGGUGGUAAAUCUCGGGAAAAGGUGGUGAAGCUCUUGGCCUCGACGACUCCAGAAGAGGUCUUGGAGAAACUGAAGAAGGAAGCUGAAAAAAAAUAAAGUCAGGAAAUGAUAAGCGUCACCACGGAACAGCUGGACAAGCCAGUCAGGAUGCUGGCCUCACCCUUUGCUACCCACGAUGGUGCCUCUCAUCUGCAGACUCUGGGAGACCAGUUGAAGAUCACAACGUACAAGGUGACAUAAGAACCCAGCUCCCUUACUCGAGGUGGUGCCGUGAGCCUCAUGUCUCAGGGUUUCUGGAUUCUGGGGCUUUCUGAUUGAGUUUACAAGUGAGAAACCUCAUGCUGCCUCACAGUCCCAUCUUCUAUUUCAAGAUGUUUAUUUAAAUGCAAAAAUGGUUUUUAUAUCUUUGAAAAAUUACAUGGAACAUUUUGUGGAAAUCAGAGACUUGUAAUGCAAUGUCAGUUAUUUUUGAAAACCUUGUAAAUCUUCAAAUCUAGAAGUUCUUAGGAAGCUCUAAAGAUCUUAAAAGAAUAAAGUGGCUGGAACAAUGCCUAGCCGUUAAAAAUGC